GGCCAGGGGCGGACUGACCAUUUGGAAACUCUGGCACUGCCCGAAGGCCCGGGGUCAGUAGGGGGCCCCAUGAGAUGCCCCUGGUACCUUUUUCAUAGGCUUUUUUGAGUUUGGGCAAGGACACAGGGGCCCCAUGAUCCCCUAUUGCCCGGGGCCCCAUGAGUUGUCAGUCCACCCCUGGACUCCACCCCUGCUUUUUGGGCAAGGACACAGGGGCCCCAUGAGUUGUCAGUCCGCCCCUGAU